CAUUGGCUCCUUGGUGCCUGAGGCAUUCAUCUGAUCGCGUCGCCUGGUCAGAUCGCGUCUCCCAACCUCAUCCCAGUAUUACAGUAUUAUUUCAUCCGUCUCCUACAGUUACAGCAUGGUACAAUUAUCUUCCUCAGCCAUCACCCAUUAUACAUAGUAGUCAAGAUGUCACGGAAGCGGAAAAGAGCUCGGAAUCAUGACCAAAACCCAGCAAAGAGGCAGAAGGCCGCCGAGAUAUCUCAUCCGGUCCUCCGAUGUUACUACGCCAAGACCAUCACCCUGCGCACCUAUAUCCUCUGCCAACUCCCAGAUGCGGCCCGCGAAGCUCGGAAGAGAAUCCGAUGCCUCGAUGAGUCGGACAAGUACAAAGAUAUCGCCCAAUGGAUCGACUCAGUCAUCAUUGGAUGUGGCACGACGUCGAGUAUUUCGCACGAAGCGAUCAAAGCUCAGGAGUUGGCCCUCUUUACUCAGCAACGAACCGAGUCCACUCUUGCUACGAGUUCGGCAAUCCCAAGCCAGGAUUUUCCAGAGAUCGUUAACCGCGUAAUCUGGCUACUGUUUGGACGAGAGACUAAUCGCUACUGGCCUUCUCAUCUCCUUUGCCAGGGCUAUCGACGAGCUGGAGGUCCCGUCACUGCUAACCAGCCUAUUCCAGGAUUGGUGCAUUCCAAUCCAAGCCACCGUGUGGAGACAAUGAAGGGCAAGUUUUGGUGUGAUUUGUGCCGCAUAUUGGGCCCGGCCGGCGAAAGAAUAAUGGAGGAACUGCUCCUGAAUUGUGGCAUUUUUGUCCCUGUUGAAUGCGGGCGUGGAAGCUACUAUCAAUUGAAUCCCUCUCUCCGAGCUACAAGCCUUUGAAAAAUUGCACAACUCAGAACCUAACCUACGUAAGGAAGUCGUGGCGAAGAGCAAACCUGAUCAGGAUGCCGUACUCCGAUCACCAAGCGAGAUCAGAUUUGUUCGUUCUCGGAUCCUCUAUGCUCGUCCUGCAUAUAAACCUGGGGGGUUUAUUAAUUUCGGCCUCCACCCUAACCAUGUAUUCAACAGGCUUCAUGACGUUGAAAACUCGGCCGAGUUAUGCCACAUCCUCAAAUAUAUUUUCCCACGCCAGUUUGGCUUGCACAACGUCUUCACUUUUAAGGUUGACCGCAACGAGACUGCCCUGGCGUCGAAAGACUACACUUUUCGAGAGGGAGAGA